AGUGCUUAAAAAGUCAGUUGCUUCACGCCAUCAUUUGAUACUUGUCCCGAAGGGAAGAACUUUCGUUUUCUCUUUGCCCUCUACCUUUGUUUCGACUCUUCCGGGCACUCUUGUUUAAUCUCUGCCACUCAUAAACCAAGCCAUGCCCAUCGUAGAGCUCUUUCUUGGCGCCCUUCUUCCGAUCCUGUUCGAGAGGUUGGCCUCUCGCGAGCUGCUCAACUUUGCACACCGUGAGGGGAUCGAUAAGCUGCUGAAGAAUUGGAAGGAAAUGCUGAUCAGCAUCAAUGAGGUGCUGGAUGAUGCAGAGGACAAGCAACUCAUCAACAAUGUUGGGGUGACGUCGUGGCUCGAAGAUCUCAGGAACUUGGCCUACGACAUUGAAGAUUUGCUUGAUGAGUUCACCAUAGAAUCUACUAAAAGCAAGUUCAAGGCAGAACCAAGCACUAGCAAGGUGCAUUCCCUUCUUCCCAGUUGUUGCUUCACAAUGAGCCCGAGAGCAUUGAUGUUCAACCAGAAAAUGAGAUCUGAGAUGGUGUAACUGGAUGCUCGAUUAGAGGAGAUCAUAGCUCGUAAAAAUGGUCUGGACCUGAGAAAGAACAAGGGGAAGCGAUUAGCAUACCACCAGCUAGAUAAGCCGAUUCCCACUACGAAUCUGCGCGAGCCUUGUUUCGUUAGUAGGGAGGAUGAAAAGGGGAGAUCCUCAAAUUACUGGCUAGAGAAGAAGAUGAUAGAACAUGUCCGGAUCUAGAAGUGAUUGCCAUUGUAGGGAUGGGGGGUGUUGGGAAGACGACACUAGCUCAGCAGGUCUACAAUGAUGCUGGAGUGACCCAUUAUUUUGAUGUGAAAGUAUGGGUUUGUGUUUCUGAUGAUUUUGACGUGCAUGCUAUUACAAAGUGUACCCUACAAAAAACCAACUCCAUUUUGUCCUGUGAAGAUAAAGACCUGGAUUGGUGUCAAGAAAAGCUCAAGGAAACCCUUUUAGGGAAGAAGUUUCUUUUCAUUUUAGACGAUGUUUGGAACGAGAAUUAUGGAGAUUGGAUUGUCCUUUGAAGCCUUUUGAAUCGGGAGCAAAAGGAAACAAGAUCACUGUCACGACUCGUAACCGCAAGGUUGCUUUAAUGGCCGAUGCUCGACUAUAACUCUCAAACUAAUGUGAUUAGAUGAUUGCAUGACUUUGUUCGCAUUUCAUGCUUUUGGAGUCCGAAAUUCAAAUCGCCAUCCUCGUUUUGAAGAAUUAGGUCUCCAAAUAGUGGAAAAAUGCAAAGGAUUGCCAUUAGCCGUGAAGACAGUGGCCGGGCUGCUACGCACUAAAGUCAAUCCCUGUGAUUGGGAAGAUGUAUUGAACAACAAGAUUUGGAAUCUAUCAGAAGGAAGAAAUGACAUCCUUCCGGCUUUGAAACUUAGCUACCUCCAUCUCCCUUCUCAUCUGAGGAGAUGCUUUGCUUACUGUGCUAUAUUUCCCAAGGAUUAUGAAAUCAAACAUGAUGAGUUGAUUCAUUGGUGGAGUGCGGAGGGCUUAUUAGAGGGAAAAGGAGGAAAGAACUGUUGGAAUUUAGGUUUGAAUUAUUUCAACGAGCUAGAAUCUAGAUCGUUAUUUCAAAAGUCGAGUAGUGAUGGAUCACGAUUUUUGAUGCAUGAUCUUGUGAAUGACCUAGCAAAGCUAGUUGCAGGUGCAACUCAUUAUGGCUUAGGCAAGUUUGAGUUUGAAGGUGAUCAAAAUAAUGCAUCUUUAGUUCAUCAUGCCUCAUUCAUUCCCAGUCGAUACAUAGUGCUAGAAAGAUUCAAGAUAUAUCAUCAAAUGAAGAGACUUAGGAGCUUCAUAUCGUUAGAGAAGCAUUCUCACCGUUGGGACAGGUCCUUUUUGUCCCAGAAAGUGAUAUGUGACUUGUUGUCAAAAUUGAAGUACUUGAGGGUGCUUUCAUUAAGUCACUACAACAUCAGUGAGGCACCGGAUUUCAUUGGUGAUCUAAGGCACCUAAGGCACCUUAAUUUAUCAUAUACUAAUGUUGCAAGGCUUCCAAAGUCAAUUGUUGGACUGUAUAACAUUGAGACUUUGAUGUUGCGAGGCUGUGAAAGUCUUAUCGAAUUACCUGAAGAUAUGGAGAAACUUAUCAACAUAAGAUUUCUCGACAUUACUGACACUCCGAAACUAAGAGCAAUGCCACUGUAUAUAGCUAAUUUAGUGGGUCUUGAGAUGCUGUCCAAGUUUAUAGUGGGAACGGAAACUGAGUUGAGGUUGAAGGAGUUAAAAAACCUAAAGAACCUUCGAGAGGAAUUGUGCAUCUUUGAUUUGCAUAAGGUUCAAGAUGCCGGAGAUGCCAAGGACGUCGAUUUACUCGCGAAGGAGGGAAUAUGUCGGUUGACCUUGCGGUGGAGUGAAGAUUUUGAAAAUUCUCAGAAUGAAGAGCUUGAAGCAAAGAUCCUUGACUUUCUUCGGCCACACCAAAACAUUGAAAAUCUCGUGAUAUCCUACUAUGGUGGCAUAGAAUUCACAUCAUGGUUAGGAAAUCCCUCACAUGUCCACAUAGUGCAUUUACAUUUACAUAAGUGUCGUAGGGCCAAAGCAUUAUCAUCACUUGGGCAGCUAUCUUUGCUAAAAGAACUACACAUCGAAGGUCUAGAUGCAAUUCGUAGGAUAGGUUUUGAAUUUUAUGGACCUAAAAGUCCUUUUCCGUCCUUAACAACUUUGGAAUUUAGGAACAUGCCAUUGUGGGAGGACUAGUCUCAUUGCGUUGGCUCAGAAGAAGGAGUUGUAUUCCCCAGUCUUGAGCAUCUCGUUCUUAGGGAUUGUCCUAUGUUGAUAAAAAGAUUGCCUAGUCAACUAAGCUCCCUCAUUAAGCUCGAAAUCAACUCUUGUCCGCGUAUGGAUGCCUCGCACUCUAACAUUAUUAGCCUUCCAUCUCUUAACGAGUUAAAAUUUAAAGGCUGUAAUGAGGGGGUGUUGAAGAGUUUGGUAGACUUGACAUCUCUAACCACUCUUGUCAUAAAAGACACUGCUGAACUGACUUGCUUAAAUUGUGAGUUUACAAGCUUCUUGAUCAAACUAAAGAAAAUGGAGAUGGGAAAUUGUAACAAGUUAAUGUUUUUAUGGCAAGAUAGAGAUGUAGUUGAGAAGCUCGGUUGUCUAAAAAGCUUAGAUGUACAAGGUUGUCCUAAAUUCAUGUCUUUUGUGGCUGGAGAAGAAGAUAUUAAGCUACCCAACAACCUCGAAGCUAUCAGCUUGUAUGAUUGCGUCAAUUUAGAGAAGCUUCCAAGCAAGAUGCACAACCUCUCCUCUCUUAGACACUUGAUAAUCAGUGACUGUCCAAAACUGGUGUCCUUCCUCGAAACAGGCAUACUGACAUCAGUGAGAUCAUCAAAUAUCAGCCGCUAUGAUACGUCGCAAUCUCUACCCACAGGAUUAAGUAUUCAUUCGGAAGGACCAAGCAACAGCAUUAACCACAUGGACAUGACGUCUUGUCUACAAGAAUUAGCAAUCUACGGAUGCAAGUCUCUACCGGCAUCUCCAUUUAGUGAGGGUAGAUUUUUACCUGCGACCCUCAAGAAACUUGUAAUUAAUGAAUGCUCGGGAGUGAAGUCGCUCGCGGGGAUAAUUCUAGACGAUCAUCAGUCACUUCAAAAGAUUAAAAUUGAGAGUUGCAAAAAUUUGAGAAGCUUACCUCAAGGCCUGCACACACUGUCCCAUCUCGCUUCCUUGACAUUGAAAGACUGUCCUGCUCUGGAGCUAGAGUGCUUUCCUCCUCUUUCUCCUAGCAUCUAGAAUUUUUAUGUUGAGGAUUGUCCGAAUAUAAAAGCGUUACAUAAUCAGUUGAGUCAACUCACGUGUCUCCAUAAAUUAAGUUGUGACGUUAUGCAGUUUCCCGACGGAGGAUUGCCACCCCAGCUACGAGAACUCUGGGUAACGAUAAGCGGGAAUAUGAAGCAACCGGUUGAGGAGUGGCUUACCCCCCUCACCUCCCUUCAAGAACUGUGGAUCAUCGGCAACGCUGGAGGAGUGGGGAUGGAGAAGGAUCUUGCGCUUCCACCCUUUCCCUCUUUGCACCAUCUGUCGAUCGAUAAUAUGAAAAACGUGGAAAGACUGUCUAGCAAUCUCCCUUCGUCUCUCCAGAUCUUAGAAAUCCAGAAUUGCUCGAAGCUGAGGUAGUUGCCUCUGGAUGACCUCCCUCCCUAUUACAACUCAGUAUCGAAUAUUGUGGGAUUCUAGAGGAGCGAUGCAAGAAACGGACCGGCUGCUAUUGGCACCUCAUCCGCGAAAUCCCAGUAAUUUGUUUGAAUUUCACGCGAAUUACUUAAAAGGAUUUGGCCUCGAAUAUUACUUGAGGGAGUGUUCGCUUUGGUGCCCUCUCUGCUUAGUAGCUGUGAUCGUGGUGCGUGCGAUGAAACCCUCUACGGUUCCUCCGGAGAUGGCGUCGGAAUUGUCUGAAUGCCUUCUUCCAAAGUCAUUCUCGCGACAUGACUCCGGACGUGCAUUUGCUCUCAUCAAAAUCAGGAAUCAUUCCGCCAUUUCCUUCUCCUGCUCUACUCUCCUACUUGAAGUCUACCCAGAUUCGGCCAUCACUUCCCCUCUCCAUUGAAAUGCUUCGCGUGACUCCCACAAACCGGCGAAGAUGCCGAUGAAUCUGGGCUGUCAUUAAGGGACUGUCGCGUUUGAAUUUGGAUUUCUCAGAUUUCAUUGGAAUUCAAUUGGUGAAUUUACUCAGCGACCUAUGGAAAGGUCUAUUUACCCUUCCUUCACCAUCGCCUUACCAAUAAGUCUAGGAGAAGUUGCUGAAGGGCCCUGGAUGUGAGUUUGCUUCUCAUUGUAGGGUCGAAGGGACAUGCCACUGCAGGCUUUUUUGUUAAGAUCUCGACUUUUGUGCAAACUUUUCCAUGAUCUCUUGGUUCUCGAAUUUCUCACGAGGAUAGCAUUCACCAGAAGUGCAAGAAACUCGGUAUUAACUUUCAGUCUGCAUUUACAAAUACAACAUACUUAUUCCCACUCCUGUGAUCUUUGUUUCUGAGCAUAUUGUGAUGCACAUCAGGAUCUAUGUGGGAAACCGAUUUAUUGCGCCUCAACCCUUUCAUUCUAGCGGUUUACUCACCAUCCAAGAUUUGGGAAUGGUUUGUCGGUUUAAGUGCAGAUGCAAAUGAAGGCAUUUCUCAUCCUGGAUAGCACACAAUGAAAUCUUUGCUUGUUGUUCAUUUUGAUAACUAUUUCUAGUCUGCUUCCUGGAAUCAAAGUUGCAUAGCGCUGCAGUUGCUGGUUGGCAAAGUUUAAAGGAGCUUUCUUUUGGAAGGGAGAUCCUGAUACUAAAGAGGGAGCAAAACUUAGCUGGGACACCGUUUGUCUUCCUAAGCAGUUUGGCGGCCUUGGCAUUGGAAGACUGGAUUUGUAAAAUCUUGCUUGUGUUUUGAACAGUCUGUGGAGUAUUUUGUUGAGGUGUGGAUCUCUAUGUUUUGCCUGGCUCUGUAGCUAGCAUCUUGAUUGGUAACAAGAUGCCACUUAUGCUUGGAACACAUUAGAUACUUGGCCAAAGGAUCAUUUGGAAGUGGCCAGCUGCUAGGGUGAAGAGUUGGUUUCCACCUAAGCUGCAGGAAGAGUUGUAUGCACAACUUCUUCAAAUGGUCUUUUCAUUGCUCAAGAAAUUGUCAGAAACAAAAGUGCUCCCCUAAUGUGCCAAGUUUGGCCUUAUUUCUUGGUUGGUAAUACAUGAUAAACUUCCCACUUUUCAGAGGAUUAACAGUUGAUCUGUUGGGAAUACUAGAUUUUUUUGCUGGUUCUGUAAUCUAAGCACUAUAUCUUGGUGUCAUCUCUUUUUCAAGUGUUGUUUCUCUAAUCAA